CGAAUGGCUCUGACAGUUCCUGGUUCUACACUGUAAACUAUGCAGAGUUAAACAUAUGCAGUCGAGCUUUAAAAAAAAAAGUUUAUUAAUAAGUCGUCCCAUGUAAACUAAAGAGAAGUUUUUUGCAUCCGAAUGCCGAGCAGCGCGACAGACAGAGACGUUUUCAGAGAUAGUCUCGGAGGCUCGUCGGGGGAUAUGCAUCGUACAGAUCUAAUGGGAGGAAUAACCGGAGAGGGACCCGCUGGGAGUCCGGUUGCGCCCCGGAAUGGCCCCAAACCCCGGGCCGCCGUCGUGCUGUCGGUGCUGGCCUCAGCGGUGACUGUGGCCGCUGUCGGUUGUUUCUGCGCGCUCGUGUACCCCAUAGUAAAAGAGCUGCGAGCAGAGAGAGUGAGAGGAGAGGAUGGGACUGAACAGAGGAUGCUGGGUUUCUGGAGUAUCCUGGUGCUGUCAGUAUUAGUGGGAUGUAUCUGCUGUGUCCUCUCAUGGACUUUCACCUACCUCAACUCGUACCAGCCUGGCAUGGUGUUCCCAACGCUGCUGACACUGGCACACUUCAGAGAUGGAUCCGGCCACGAUUUUCACAUGAGUUAUGGGGUUGCUGUUCUUAACGGCAUCAUGGCCAUGCUCACCGUCAUCUGGAGCCUCUCCUGACACACGGGCACAACCUCACCAGAAACCUCCAGGCGGACAAUUCUCCAGUACUGGGCAGCGACUGUACUCCAACAGUGUAAAGACAUCUAAGGCGUUCUCUCGUGUUACAUUAAACAAAAAGUUUGGAAUGGAAGUUUAGUUAUUAGGUACUCUUGAUCCAUGUAUUACCAACAGUGUAGACAGGGCUGUGGCAUUGUAUAAUUCAAAUGCCAUACAGUAUUUACAGUAUACGUAGGAAGUAAGUACACCUCUUGAGUAUCUCCUCUUCAAAGCGUUGAAAAUAAAGCCCCUAAAGUAGAAACUUCAAGGAAACUGAACACAUCUGUAAGCGCUGACCCACACAAACAAAGUUUCAGUAGUAAUGAGGAGGUAUGGAAUGAGCCACUUAACAGUACCACUAAUCAGAGCUGCUGCAGUAUAGUUGUAAUCCUGCAGUGACACCACAGACAAUGCUCUGCUUUCACCAUCUAGCUCAGACGAGGAGGUGCUCUCAGACUUGGCACGGGGAUUAUCAAAGGAAAUCAGUUUUCCAUUUGAUUUGAGUUUCUGUGACAUCAAGUGCGAAGAAUGCUGCAUAUCUUCUACCUGUAUGGACGGCAUUCAAGUGAAACAACCUUGCUUCCUCUUUGGCACAAAACGGCAAAAUUUGAGAUCAUGAAAAGAAGCACGAUGAAUAUCGGAACACAUUUUUUUGGUGGAGUAAGACAAAAAAUACUGGCUGACAAGAUGAUUACCGGUCUGCAGAAGAGGAAUAUUCCAGCACGAUAAGGAUUUAAUGCACCCUAUAUAUGUUUUUUUGCUGUGGACAGCCCAAUAUGCCAACAACACAGAACUGAAGACUUGCGGCUCAAGAACAUGUGAAUUUUCACCUCAAGGUGUGAAAGUGCCUGUCAGAAGCAGGCAGCACUGAAUAUAGAGCUGGCUAUGGCAGACUGUCGGUGAUUCAAAGUGCUUGUAGUCACAGAAUUACAUGCAGCAGCUUUGGGGAAAACAAACUACAAAAGAAUUAAAGGUUUGAAUUAGUUUCACAGUUCUGAAAGUGUUGUCUUCAUAAUUUUCUGUGUAUGAUGUAACUGCUAUAUACAUGUGUAAAUGGAAUUAAAGUAGUUACAGCUUGUAUCAGUAUG